AUGCACAGUCAAAAGACUGACGAUGGAUCUAGAAGAUACACCAAAAAGCAUUACUGUCUCUUUUGUGAGAAACCACAAUCCAAAAUCGCCAGGCAUCUGGAACUUGUUCAUGGAGAUCAAUCUGAAGUCGCUAAGGCCAUUUCAUCUCCAAAGAACUCCAAGGAAAGAAAGCUCCAACUGACUAUACUAAGGAAACAGGGGGACAGAAAACACAAUGUAGAUGUCAUUAGAAAGGGAAAAGGUGUCAUUGUUCCAUGUAAACAAACGAGUUCUCCAAAUGUCAAUCCAAAUAAAUUCUUACAUUGUGCAAAUUGCCAAGGACUUUUCAAAAAAAGAUUUCUUUGGAAACAUAUGAAAAGGUGCCCACUUCGAGGUGUUCUUCCAAAACCUGGUAGAACUCGAGCCAAAUCGAUUUGCGCCUUUGCGCAACCGGUGCAGGAAGGAGUUAGCAAGGGACUGUGGAAACUUCUCUGUGACAUGAAACCAGGUGAAGUGGUAGAUGUCAUAAAGAGUGACCAUUGUAUCCUCAAGUAUGGCGAGCAGAAAUACAACAUCAUGGGACACCGGCGUUCUGAUCAUGAACUGAUCCGUCAGAAAAUGCGUGAGUUAGGGAGACUGGUUUUGAAAGGAAGGCAGGUGUCCCCUCUCAAAUCACUUGAGGAAUACAUUGAUCCAGCCAACUUCCAACACACAGUUAAUGCAGUUAAAGCUGUUACAGGCUUUCAGUGUGAGACAAAUAAGAUAGCGGUGCCAACGCUAGCCAACAAACUUGGUCAGAGCCUCAUGAAGGUUGCUGACAUUGUAAGUUGUGAUGCAAGGAUCUGCGGUGACACAACAAAAGUUCAAAAAGCAGAGGACUUCAAACACAUCUAUCAGACACGCUGGAGGGAGAUGAUCUCAUGUCAUGCUCACCAUACCCUGGAAGAAAAAAGGUACAACGCUCCACUGAUCUUGCCAUUUGCAGACGAUGUCAAGAAACUCCAUAUAUAUUUAAAGGAGAAACAGCAAGAAUACUACAGCACACUUUUUAAUGCACCGAACACCAAGACCUGGGCAAAACUGGCUAAAGUCACUCUUGCACAAAUGAUCAUCUUCAACAGAAAAAGGCAAGGGGAAGCCUGUCUGAUGCCAGUACAAUCAUUCGAGUCUCGAGACAAAUCUAAUUUAAAUAUUGAUAUUGCUGACUCUCUCUCAGAAGUUGAACAAGCACUAUGCAAGUACUUUAGUCGUGUAGAAAUCCGUGGAAAACGCGGAAGGAAAAUUGCGGUACUUUUGGCACCGGAAAUGAUCAAAUCCAUGGAGUUGCUGGUUAAAACCGGUGAAGUUUGCGGUGUUCCGAAGGAGAACAUCUACAUGUUUGCAAUCCCAGGCUGCGAGACAUCAUUUCGUGGAUCAGACUGCCUGCGCUGCUUUGCCAUGGAGUGUGGUGCUAAAUGUCCAAAAGCCCUAUCGUCCACCAAGUUGCGCAAACACAUCUCUACAAUGUCCAGAGUUCUUAACAUGAACGACACCGAAAUGGACCAACUUGCUGAUUUCCUGGGACAUGAUAUUCGUAUCCACAGGAAAUAUUACAGAUUACCAGAGGGAACACUCCAGCUGGUAAAAAUCACUAAAGUCUUGAUGGCAAUGGAGCAGGGAAGGCUUAACGAAUUCAGAGGGAAAGGUCUUGACCAGAUCAGCAUCAAUCCAACAGAGUGCGUUGAGCCUGAUGCUGGGAUGGAGAGUGAAACAGAAAUGUCAGAUCAUUCUCAUGAUGUGACGUCAAGUGAGCCAGCAGGCACUUCAGGAGUGAAUAGCAGCAGGCCAGUAAACACGAAUGAAGGAUCUCCAGAGAGGACACAGGAGGUCAUGAAAGUAACAUCAGUUCCUAGGAAGAGAAAGUGGAGUGAGGUGGAGAUUGCGGCUGUAGAAGAGAAAAUGAUGAAAUGUAUUCACUUGGGAGUUACUCCUGGAAAAGUCGACUGCAUUGCAUGCAUUACAGCAGCCCCCAAAGCCCUCGGUGAACGAGACUGGCAGGCGGUAAAGUAUUAUGUAAAAAACAGGAUCACAGCAUAUGAGAGAAAGACCACUAAAAAGUAAGGUUGA